AUGCCUGCAGAGAAGAGGAGGAAGACUGAGGCCCUAGCGAUAGUGCCGGAGCGUGGUGACCCGGGCCAAAGGCGCCGGGAUAAGAUUGCUUCCUUGGAGGCCCGAGUAAACGAGCAGAAUGGCAGCCAGUCUCACAUUGAGCUGGAUGUCGCACCGUCUCUGGAGACUGCAGCUAACUCUGGACUCUCGACUGUCAGCCCUAAGGAUAUUUUAAAUGUCGAAGAGCACAAUGUUUCCUCUUUUGAUGGUGCUGUUUCAGCGUUCGAUGCCGUUGAUGUUGACUUUUCCCUAUCUGGCGACUUUGGUAGGCUCGUAUACCUAACUUCGAUCACAUCAAUAUCAUUCACUACUGAAUACCUUCAAGAUAUCCAAAACCAACAAACGUCCCUCUCUGUAUCCAUAAUUCCAGACAACCUGACUACAAGUCCAUUACCGAUUACCAAUACUCCUGCGUCCUCCAACACCUUCGCAGGCCCCGAUUCCCAACCCUCACCCUUCACCUUCCCACUAACCCCAGACGUAAACAUCGACGUACCCAUAAUGGCUACCAUUCGAGCCUUUAUGUCAAUUGCUUCCCUCCUCGACAUCGUUCCAGAUAUCUUCAAUCCAUUGGCACUGCACACAUCACCGCCUACCCCGCAUCCGUCCCUCCCGCUCAAUCUCCACCCCGUCCCCGCGCAGAUUCUGAUCCCGCACCACCCAGCCCUGGACAUUCUUCCCUGGCCCUCUAUACGUGAGAAGCUGAUUUGCAUGCUCCACCUCCCCUCCUCCCAACGCCCUCCAAUCGCCCGCGGCACCCGCGGCGAACCCAUCCAACGCAUUAUCCACGACAUUGAUGACUAUACUUCCGGGUUUCGCGUCCACGGUAACACUGCAGGCUGGUCCGCGCACCAUGAGAUGGCCGAGGAAAGCUGGGAAAUAGGUGACACGUUCUAUCGCAACUGGUGGUUUUGCGUGGAUAGUAAGAUAAUUUUGAUGACGAAUGCGCGAAGGAGAGAUAGGGGAGAGGCACCGCUAAGGUUGGACGACGUAGGAAGUCAAUGUAAUUAA